AACAUUAAUUUUAGCAUUAUUCUUUCAUACUAAAAUGUUAUAUUUUUUACAUAAAAAAUAUAAAAUACCACAAUCUUUGCUGUAUUUUCUGUACUUUUAACCAAUUCUUUAAACAGAAAGGGAAGAUGGUGUUCAUUUCCACUUUGCUCAUGUCUAAAAUCACAGUAUGCUUUCACUAAUAUUUCACUUUUGUGUUAUGUUUCUACAUUGUGUUUACAACGAGACAGUAGGUGUGACAUUGUUUCAGUUUCUGUGUUAAGACCGCUCCCCCACUGAAAUGUGAUCUUUUGGACCCAUCCACUCCUCCUCCUAAAAUAACCCCUUUCCCCUACAGCCAACCAAGACCCAGACACAAGAAAUAAGUCACACAGUACCACAUUAGCACUUACUGUAUAUCACUCUAAAGACAGAGUAGACCACUGUUGAUGUUGGUGUGCUUGGUGAAUAUGGCAUAUAAUCUCUGAAGGGCUUGGUAAUGAAUCUGGUGAUCUUUGUAACAUUUUUGAUUAACUUGCUGCAGUCUGUCCCUUCUCUCUGCAAAACAAAUCUGUCUUUACUGAUACAGGACUAGGAAAGCAUUUUAAGUGAGCAAAGAUGAUGAUGGUGAGCGAUGACUGUCUGGUGGAGUGUAAGAUUGAUGACAGUGAUGAGGAACAGGUGAACACUCCUCCCCCUCCCCCAGAAUUUGCAUCGAAAGCUUCAACUCCAGCUCCAAAAGACCCAACCCCUCCCGCGAAUUCUCCGAGUCCCGCUGCGACCCGACCUGUCAACAGAGACCCACAUGGCAUCAACCAACACCUUAAGGUGGAGGUCAGAGAUGUUCUGGCUGAACCUGCCACUCCUCAUAGCAUAGAUGGUGUGUGGACCUACAGUCUGGUUGGCUUUGAGACGACUCGCAUCUGGACCUAUCGCUGCCUCUCCUUGCUGUUUGCUGUGCCUCUUGCGUUCCUGUGUGGACUCUUCCUAGCCGUCCUCGCCUGCCUACGCGUCUGGUUCCUGGUUCCCUGCAUACAGCUGAGCAACACCUUCCUGCCCUGCUUGCGCUCCUUGGUUAUAUGUGCUGUGAAUGUCUUCAUCUCCCCGUUCUGUAUGUCUCUGGCACUCUGCUGCACUCAGAUCUCCAUCUCACUGUCCAACAAAGACUUGGAUCGAAAGAGAGAUAAAGACACUGUGUGAAUGUAAAGAAAAAAACAAUAAGGAAACAUGAUUGAAGAAGUGUGUGAAUGGGAAGUAGAGUGCUUUUAUUUAAAUGCACGUGAUUUUUUUUUUAUUAUUCUAAGUUUUAACAUUUUUGCAAUUAUUUUAUUUAAAUAAAUUCUUUUGAUAAGUCUUGUGAAGAAAUCUGUUCUUAAUAUACUGUCCCAUUUUAUUUAUUUAUUUUUUAAUCAUUGGUAAAUAUGUGAUUAUAGGCUUGUAUGAUCUCUUGUAUGAUCCCUGGUGAAUACUUUAGGAGAACCCUCUUUUUGAACAAAACACUAAACCAGGAAAAAGCUACUCCGGCUGUGUUUUACUUACAUAUGAAGUUCAAACUUCAAAUAAGAAUAACAUCAAACUUAACUCAACCAUGUUCCAUCACCUAGUAAUGUGGCUGACUGCUAUUAGCAAAGCAGAGUAAUAAUAUUAGUCUCUGUGUUACGCAUUUUAUCAACAUGUUCACUAAAGGAGGUUCUAGCAAAUGGUUUCUGAUCUCCUGACUGGCCUUAUAAUUUUUCACGUUUUAACUGAAGUUUUAUUGGAAGUGUAUUGUAUCAUAGUAAAUGUCACUGAUUAAAAACCAACGUUUAAUUUGAA